AUGGCAACCUUACUCCCACCGCCUUCAAAGAAGCAAAGAAGAGAAGCUCAAGCUGAACGUGGAGUUGACCUUAUUCCCAAAGACCUUCCAAAUGUUCUCAUUAAAUUCCAAGCUUUUGACAGUGGUGAAACUGUUGGAGGUUCUCUAAGGGUUCCAGGUGGUAUUUCGGAGCAGCAACUGGAGGAAUUGUUGAAUCAGUUAAAUGGAGACUCGGCAGAUCCUGUUCCAUACACGUUUAGCUGUUUAGUUAGCAACAAAAAGAAGGAUGCAGAUGAGGAAAUGGUAGAUAUUAGAGAUAAUCUAUAUCAAUCCAUUUUAAAACCAGGUUUGAAAACUACCGAAGAUUUUUUGACUCUAGUGUAUACCCCAAGAGCUAUCUUCAAAGUAAAACCAGUAACUCGGUCGUCUUCUGCAAUUGCUGGUCAUGGCUCGACAAUUUUGUGUUCUGCAUUUGCUCCAAAUACAAGCUCCAGGAUGGUUACCGGUGCUGGUGACAAUACUGCAUGUAUCUGGGAUUGUGACACUCAAACGCGUAUGUGCACGUUACAAGGCCAUCACAACUGGGUCCUAUGUUGUUCCUGGUCUCCAGAUGGUGAAUUAAUCGCCACAGGUUCUAUGGACAACACAAUUAGAUUAUGGGAAUCAAGCAAAGGUAAGCCUUAUGGUGAUGCUUUAAGAGGUCACUCGAAAUGGAUUACCUCCUUAUCUUGGGAACCAAUCCAUCUUGUCAAACCUGGUGACAAACCGAGAUUAGCAACUGCAUCCAAGGAUGGAACUAUCAAAAUCUGGGAUACAACAAGAAGAGUUUGCCUUUUAACCUUAUGUGGCCAUACGUCUUCUGUUUCCUGUGUCAAGUGGGGUGGAAAAAAUGUUCUAUACAGUGGUUCUCACGAUAAAACAAUCAGAUGCUGGGACAUGAAUUUGAACGGUAAAUGUAUCAAUAUCCUAAAAUCACACGCCCAUUGGGUUAAUCAUCUUUCACUUUCAACAGAUUAUGCAUUAAGACUCGGUGCGUUCGAUCACAAGGGCGAAACUCCUGCUUCACCUGAAGAAGCCCAACAGAAGGCUCUGAAAAAUUACGAAAAAGUUGCUAAAAGAAAAGGUGACUUCGAAGAACUGAUGGUAACUGCCAGUGACGAUUUUACUAUGUAUCUGUGGAACCCCUUGAAGUCUACUAAACCUAUUACCAGAAUGACCGGCCACCAAAAGCUCGUCAACCACGUUGCAUUUUCGCCAGAUGGCCGUUACAUUGUUUCUGCAUCCUUUGACAACUCCAUUAAAUUAUGGGAUGGAAGGGAUGGUAAAUUCCUAUCCACCUUUAGAGGACAUGUAGCGAGUGUCUACCAAGUAGCUUGGUCAAGCGACUGUAGACUACUCGUUUCUUGUUCCAAAGAUACCACUUUAAAAGUCUGGGAUGUCAAAACUAGAAAACUGUCCGUCGAUCUACCCGGUCAUCAAGAUGAAGUCUACACUGUAGAUUGGUCUGUAGACGGUAAACGUGUAUGUAGCGGUGGGAAAGAUAAAAUGGUCAGGAUAUGGACUCAUUGA